CUUCUCUCUUAUUUCUCCUCCAUUCUACGCUUCUUUCUAAGCUCUCUCUCUCUCUCUCUCUCUCUCUCUCUCUCUAGAGAGAGAGCUCGCGAUCGCCCUCCCCCUCCGCGAGUUCGACAUUUGCGGAAAACUACUAAUCCUAGAGUUUCUCCAAGGAAGAGGUCCUCAACAGAUGUUUACUGGAGUUUGGUCUUUCCUUAUUUCUGCUCAAUUUUCUGAGUUUGCGAUAGGUCCUACUGUUGAUUUCUGAAUCAGUAUGAGUGGUGCUCCAAAGAGGUUACAAGAAGAGGGAGGUCAUUCUACACCUCUGAAACGGCCGCAUGAAGAGUCCAGCAUAUAUUCCAGUCCUUCUGGAAAGUUGAUCCCACCGGUUGGAAGUGAAUUCCACUUGCCGUUAGAACACGGACUUGAUGGCAGAUUCGCAAAAGUCCAGCGGGUUGAGUCUCGUGAUGAUAAGAGACCAUCUUUACUGCACCGGAUACCUUCAGCUUCUAUCAACUCUUUAGACCAUGCUAUUUCAUCUGAUAGAAACAAUAAAGAUGCUCGGGAUACUAAGACUGCUGAUAAAGAGAGUAAAUCUGAGAUUAGGGAUUUGUAUAAUGACACAAAAAUGGGUCCUCAAAACAAUAAGGUUGAGAAUGAUGUAAGAUUAGAUGGUAGGGGAGAUGAAAAUGAACCCAAACAUGACAAAAGAUCUCUCUUUGACUACAAAGUUGAUAUCAGAUUUGAAAAAGAUAGUCACCGAUCUAUAAGUCCUCACUUGAACUGGAAAGAUAGUAAAGAACAUCUUAGGGGUAAAAUAGAGUCAUGGCAUCUUACCAGGCCUAGUUUACAUAAGACACAUGAAGCUCCCAUCGAUCUCUCAACCACGGAAGAACAAAGGGAUACUCACGAAACUCUUGGUGAGAACAAGGUUGAUCUUAGAGGUGAAGAGAAAUUCAGAGAUAAGGAUAGAAAAAGGAAGGAUGAAAAGCACAGAGAUUUUGGGGAUAAAGAUAAGGAUAGGAUUGAUAGACGAACCAAUACACAAUAUUCAAGUGCUAGUAUUGAACACAAAGACCUACAGAGAGAAGACAAAGACGUUGAAAGGUUGGAGAGGGAAAGAAAGGACUCUCAGAGAGACAAGGAACGGAUUGAGAGGGAGAAGGAUUCUAUUAAGAGAGAAUCAUCAAAUGUUGCAAGUGAAAAGGAGAAUUUUCACAUCGAGAAGGAGAUUACUGAUGGAUUUGCCAAAAAUUCCGAGCAUGAAAACACGCUAGAAUAUAAGAAACUCAAAGAUGAUCUGUUGAAAGCUCAUGAUAGGGAUUAUAAAGACAAAAAACGAGAAAGGGAUGUAGAUGUAGGUGAUAGUCAUGAACAACGUAGUAAAUAUAAUGACAAGGAACCAGAUGAUGGCUGUGCAGAAGGGGAUAAAGAGAAAGACAAGGAAGUUCUGGUUGGUGUUCAACAGCAUAGGAGGAUGCUGCGAUCAAGGGGCACUCCUCAAGCGUCUCAGAGAGAACCUCGUUUUCGGUCUAGAAUGCGGAGUAAUGAUGGAUCUCAAGGUAAAGGUGAGGUAUCUGCAAUCGUUUAUAAAGCUGGUGAAUGCAUGCAAGAAUUGUUGAAAUCUUGGAAAGAAUUUGAAGCAUCCCAAGAUCCUAAAAAUAUCGAAAGCUUACAGAAUGGUCCAACUUUGGAAAUCCGUGUACCCGCCGAGUAUGUUACUUCCACCAAUCGCCAAAAUCAUCUUGGGCAGGUCAAAGGGGCCCAGCUGUGGGGAACAGAUGUAUACACAAACGAUUCUGAUCUUGUUGCUGUACUUAUGCAUACUGGUUAUUGCUGCCCAACAUCAUUGCCUCCACCAUCUGCCAUUCAAGAGUUACACGCAACAGUUCGAGUUUUGCCACCACAAGAUUGCUACACCUCAACAUUAAGAAACAAUGUUCGCUCACGUGCUUGGGGGGCAGGGAUUGGAUGUAGUUUUUGCAUUGAGCGAUGCUGCAUUGUGAAGCAGAAAGGUGGUGGGACUGUUGAACUUGAACCUCAUCUUACGCAUACAUCAGCAAUGGAACCAACUCUAGCACCUGUGUCAGUUGAACGCACAGUGACAACAAGAGCUGCAGCUUCUAAUGCACUGCGGCAACAAAGGUUUGUCCGUGAAGUCACAAUUCAGUAUAAUCUUUGCAAUGAGCCAUGGCUGAAGUACUGUAUAAGCAUUGUUGCUGAUAAGGGGCUAAAGAAACCUCUUUAUACUUCAGCACGACUGAAGAAGGGGGAAGUUUUAUACUUGGAGACACAUUUUAAUAGAUAUGAGCUAUGCUUUAAUGGUGAAAAGGCUGCCUGUAAUGGAACAAUCUCUAGUUCCUCACAGGCAGCAGACGGAGAAAAGGAGAAGAUUCAAAACAACAGUUCGCAUAACCAAAAUGGGGAGAGAAAUUGGACCGACCGCGAAGAGCUUGUAGAUGUUUUUCGGUGGUCUCGUUGUAAGAAGGCCAUGCCCGAGAAAUUCAUGCGUUCUAUUGGAAUCCCUUUGCCUGUGGAACAUUUGGAGGUAUUGGAGGCGAAUUUGGAUUGGGAAGAUGUACAAUGGUCGCAAACCGGUGUCUGGGUGGCGGGAAAGGAGUAUGCCCUAGCGCGAGUUCAUUUCUGCUCUCUGAAAUAGUACUCCACCAUGCUUGGGUGCUUAUAUAUGAUCUAAUGUAAAGUACAUGUAUUCAUGUGUAUAAUUAUAAUGCCUUAUCUGUGAGACGUGAAUCUAACUCAUGUAAUCUCCAGGUCUAAUAUCUUAAUUUAGCUAUUUAGUACCAGAUCCCAAAGAUGUAUUUUUUUUCUUUUUCUUUGUCAUUAAUCAAUCAGGUUGAAUGUGGUUUAUACACUUCUGUAGAACGUUUUACAUUGUGUAGUAAUAGACGGUCAUAAUUUUGUUGUUAA